GGCAAGCUGCCAUUUUAUGUGAACAAGAGCGGCUUCCCAAUUGACAGCGACACCUGGGAGCGAAUGUGGAUGCACGUGGGGAAGGUACACCCUCAGCGAGCGGAAAUGGUGGACGCCAUCAGGAACGCGGAGUUCCUGCCAAACCCUCCAGUACCCCAGGUCCCAAGCUACAGGCCGUCAUUGACGAUCCCAGAAUGGCUCCAGGAGAUCCAGAAUUACAUGAAGGCACUUCAAUACAUCACCAAUGGGCAGCCUUCCAUUGAGCGAUUCCCUAUCAGCUUUACAUCCUACUUCGCAGGAAACUACUUUCACCAUAUUGUGCUGGGGAUUUAUUACAAUGGUCGCUACGGUUCCCUGGGCAUGAGUCGGAGGGCAGAGCUGAUGGACAAGCCAUUGGUCUUUCAGACUCUGAGUGACCUCGUCUUUGACUUUGAAGACUCCUACAGUAGAUGCCUACACACAGUUAAGAAGAUCAAGAUUGGGAAAUACGUCCCCCACGAGGCUCGUAGCUUUCAGCCCAUUGAAUGGGAGCAACUGGUGCUGAAUGUCUCCAAGAUGUUGAGAGAUGACAUAAGGAAGGAGCUAGAAAAAUAUGCCAGGGAUAUGAGGAUAAAGACCCUGAAACCUGCAAGAGUGGACUCUUCUACCCAGUUGAGUAUCCAGGGCAAGUCCCUGUCCACCUACAAGGGACAGGCAAGCCCUGAGAGAUGUCUUGGCAGAGAAGACAAAUCACCUGCACUGCCUGAAAAUAAGGUAGUGGAUCUUAGCUUUCUGAGCAUAACCGGACUAUCAUGUUUGGAUUUAACUAAGCCCUAA